CCUCCUCCUCUUCCUCCCGUCGCCAUGCUGCAGGUCGGGGAUGAGGCGCUGGAUUUCUCGGUGUUGUUCCUGCUGGUGUUCGGGCUGUCGAGGAGCGCCGCGGGCUCCUCGCUCCUCACCGCCUCCCUCUACGUCUUCGUGGUGAUGUUCCGCUUCCCGCCGGUGCCGGCGGACCGGGCCGGCCGCGUGCUGCGGCCCCGGAGCCUCUCCGGCGGCGUGCCGGUGGUGGCGCACCGCGGCGGCGGACACGACGCUCCGGAGAACACCGUGGCAGCGAUCCGAGAGGCCAGCAGAAACGGGGCGACCGGCGUGGAACUGGACCUGAGCUUCUCGUCGGAUGGCGUCCCGGUGCUGAUGCACGACGAGACGGUGGACCGCACCACCAACGGCUCCGGGCCCGUCAGUAAACUGCAGUUUGUGCAGCUGAGGAGGCUGGAUGCUUCAGCUCGACACCGGCUGAAGGACCGGUUUAGUGGCGAGAAGGUUCCAACUCUGCAGGAGGCCGUGCAGGAAUGUAUCAAACAUCAGAUGGUCAUAUUCUUCGAUGUCAAAGGUCAACCAGACAAGGCUGCCUCGGUGCUCCAUGAGGUGUAUAAGAAGUUCCCUGUUCUUUACAACUCCAGCAUCGUUUCCUCACUUGAACCUAAAGUCAUCUACAAGAUGCGUCAGACUGACCCCUCGGUGGUCACGGCUCUCACCCACCGGCCCUGGAGGCUGAGCCGCUUCGGGGACGGCACCCCCCGGACCCUGUCCACCUGGGGCCAGCUGUGGACCGGGCUCCUGGACAUCCUGCUGGACUGGGCCCACCAUCACAUCCUGUGGAAACUGUGCGGGAUCUCCGCCAUCCUCGUGCAGAAAGACUUCAUUUCACAUGAUUAUGUGCAGUACUGGGCGGAGCGAGGCGUGGAGGUGGUCGGCUGGACCGUCAACACCGCCGUGGAGAAGGACUACUACCAGAACGUGCUGAAGAUCAGCUACAUCACCGACAGCCUGCUGGAGGACUGCGACCCUCAUCUCUGA